UGUUUUAAUGCCCCGCCACUCUAUUUUCAAGCUUCUCUAUUUUUACCAAUAGACUGUACAGAGCUUGAUGGGUGGAAGGUAGUAGGAGAAAUAGCGGCAUGAGUCUAGGAGGGGAAGGUCUAGUAAAUAAGUAACCUACGAAUGAGAACUGCUUCAGUCCGCGUUACAAUUAGUUCGGCCGUUAAUCGGAAAAUAUACGGACGAAAGAGAAAUUCGCGAUGACUGUCGCAAAUUUUGUUCCGUUCAAAUAUCGAGAUUAAAUGCGAGAAACCACCAUCGUGGUCUUGUUUAUUUUUAAUUGACGGAACAAAUUCUAUCGUUCUCUCUUGUAAUACCUCUAUACACUCGAAAAAUGAAGAAUAGUGUCGCAAUUGUAGCGUUAAUUGCCCUGUUGAUUACGUUUGUCGACGAUGUUGCUGCAUCGUGCAGACAAAUCGCGAACGAAGAGAUGCUGGAGUAUGUUUGCGAAGGUGGCCAAUCCAACGAUUUGACUACUGUACCUGAAACGACCGAGAAAUUACGUAUCACCAGGAUGCCGAUCGGCAGAAUAACCGCUACCACGUUCUCCAAGUUUGGCGGAAAUCUAUGGGUGUUGAGUUGCUCGCAUUGCGAGAUCACUGAUAUCGAUGAGGAUGCAUUUCGACGACUCGUCAAUCUUCAGCAACUCAGCUUAGACAGCAAUCAUCUGACUACAGUGAAGGCAUCAUGGUUUCAGGGUCUUGACUAUCUGACGUAUCUUGAUCUCAAUUACAACAAUAUACACAAUAUCGAAGACGAUGUCUACAGAAAUUUACCGAAUCUCGUGGACUUUAGAAUCUCGGGAAAUCGACUGCGCUGCCUGAAUGUUAACGAAAUGUCGCACCUUAAGGAUUUGAAGCGCAUAUUUCUCGGCGAGAAUUCCGAAUUUGCUUGUCCGCACGCUGUGAGUAGGUUUCUUGAGAAUCGAGGUAUCAGUUUCGAGCCAGAUCCUGAAUGGAGAAGACUCGCCAGCGACACGAUAGACGUUCCGUCGAGCUACGCGAAGGAAGAUCAUAGAACUCUGUCUCCUGACAACAGAUCGGAACAGCCGAAAAUACCUUAUACACCUUCGAAAGAAGGAACGUUUUAUCCGGACCAUCAUGCAGACCAUCGUUCGCGUCACAGAAGACCAACCACCACUAUGCGACCGACAACGUCCACACAACGCAAUGAUAUACCGCGGGUGGUACCCCCGGUUACAAGACCUUCUCCAUCAGAUUCACCCUCGCGGCAGAUGAUGCCGUAUCCACACUCGACGCCAGAAACACUGCCAGUACCGCCAGUACCGCCCACAGAAUGGAGACCCUCGGAAGAUAUCAGGAUGAUAGGAACCACCGACCACGAACCAUCACAAACGAACCAACACGCCUCAGUCUAUCAACCGACAGUUCCGACAUACGAAACGACGCCUUUAUCGAGAGAUCCCGUCUUGGAUAGAUUGCGAGUAUCGGCUGUAGAAUCAACAUCCUCCACACAGGAUGAUUACGAAACAACUGAUAGAUCAUCUCAGGUGGGACACACCCAAAAAUAUCCGCUAUACGAUGCAACAUCUAAUGAUCGAGAAAGAAUACCCGACGGAUACGUUCAAGUGACGCGUCAUGGCGAUUCAGACGUGGUUACUGUCGGCUCUUGGUCCACCGACUACUCGAAUCAAUAUCCUUGGACGCAACACGAAUACUCUCGCCCUCCUACCGAGAGCAUCGACAGAUCACCGCCUUCGUGGCCCGCAAACACGCCAAAUCUUCAAACAACGCCAUAUUACGCAGGAUACGAUCCGCGUAAAAUAAUCGUCGAGGAAUCAGCGAACAUCAUCGACAAUGUUCCAAUUGUCACCGAUCCCGUUGAUCAAGCACUCAAUCAAUGGGAGACCACGACGAAGCUGCAUCAUUACGUCAGACCUUCGGUACCCUCAUCUCCUGGAUUAAUAUCUUCACCUCCGGUGUAUCCGAACGUGUUUUAUCCAACUUCUUAUGAAGAACCAAUGGUGACCGAAAAUCCGCCAUUAGAGGAUUAUCGGGAGACGACUGUAAACGAUCCCAUGACUACAGAGGAGCCGUCAUCUCCGUGUCCGGAUAGAAAUUCAGCAAAUUCCUCGAGAAUGCAAUCGUACAUCGUCGCAUUAGCGAUGUCCAUAAUUGUCACCGUCUUUGGACACGUCAUCGCGAAGGGAUUUUAAGUCUCGUGCGCGUCCCUCUUGCCUCCAAUCGGAUUGGAUCGAAACGAAUUGUUUUAUGAGAUAAAUUCCAUACAAUUAACUAUACCGCGCGAGAAAUAAUGAGAUUGACAUUUUGUUGCCGAUCUACAACAAAUAAUCUACAUUAUUUAAAAUUUAAACGUUGCGUUGUGCCACGGAAAAACCUGAGCGCGCAUUUAUAUAUAUUUAGCGUUAGAAUUUUUCUCCCCCACAUAUAUAUAUAUAGCUAUCGAGUACCUGCUUAAGGAAGCUUCAUAGAACUACUAACCAGACGCAGAUCUAUUAUCAAGAGCGCAGUCGAGACAUCUUCUUUGCUCUGGAACUCUUAGCUCCGGAAACGGCAGAGCUAGCUGAACCUCAUGUGUAGGUAUCGUGCGAUCGAGGGAUGUAAAAGGAAAACUCUGUUUAAUUUUUUUAAUAGAGUUAAUCUGUCAUUAUCUAUACCGAUUAUUUGUACAACUAUUUAAUAUCAUAUAAAAUUGUUUUUUCCUGUUAAGUUUAAAGCAGACUCUUUAUAAAAGCAAAAAAAAAAGGUUUUUCAUUUUUUUAUAGCAAGCUAAUAGCGCAUUUUUAUCUAGAAUAAUUUAAUUUAUAAUUGUACAUCAGUUUUUAUGAGGACCGAAAAACUUAACACUUUAGUAUUUAUGAAGUUAAAAUUUAAUUUUAAUAAAAAACUUUUUAUAAAGAAUUAUAAAAUAGUAAAACUUGAUUUUAAUAUACCAAUUUUAGACAGUUUAAAUAUUCAAUAAUGUGAAGACUUUUGAAUUUUAGUUAGCUUUCUUCAGACUUGACAGACUGAAAAAUUUCGCUCAUUCCCUAACUUUCGAUCAAUUGGCACGAGUUGAACAAACUUUUGUUUUAAAUAUGUUCUCCCAGAGAAAAUCAAAGGAAAUUAUUGUUUAUCGGUGAAACUAAACUUAGCAAAUCUUUGAUCUGCAAAUCGUGUUUGUUUCUCGGAAUCAACUCGAGACGUAGUAAAGAGACGUCUAAAUAUCCGAAAUGUCCGCCAAGUAGGGAAGCCAAUAGUGCGGCGUGUCGGUUACCAAGAUUUUAAUUGCGAUAAACUGGCGGCCCGACCCUCAUUCGUCGUGGUAAUGAAAUAAUUACUAAUGUCAUCGUCCAAUCGUCGCGCCUGUUACGUAACGACCUUGUUACGACGAACCCGGCUCGACAUUGUAGAGAAAACGUACACGUUAAAUAUACACUCGAAGACGUUCACUCCGACUUCACAGUCAAGUUCGCAGCUUCCUCCAUCGCGUCGUUCCUCAUGCAACAGGUGCAUCUCUCAGCGACGAGAGGAGAUCUCUCGCGCGAAGAUCGUGGCGAGUUAGCCUUGAAUAAUCAUUGAAUGCGUCCGUUAUAAUGAACGAGCGUUUAUCUUCGGUUAAAUCAAAUGCAGCCUGCAUGCACACAUGCUUCUCUGAGAAGUGCCGCUUUGUCAAUUCUCCAUGAGAUUCCAUACCGAUGAUGACACGAUGUUAUUUAAUACCACUUCGCACCAUCCGUGACACAUUCGACGGAUUCGCCGUCAAUUAUUUAAUGCGAUUUCCUUAGGUUUGUGACGCGAUUCCGAUCAAUAGAUAUAAACCCUCAAGUAUAUCGCAAGGUCGCGAAAAUGUUUUCGCCUUCAACUUCGCCUGCUAAGAAAUGUGUAUGCAUGUGUCAACUAAGGUGGUACUUGACACGCGACAUUGUAGCUGAAAAUACAACACGCGCUUUUCCUGCUUCGCUCUUAUUUAAAUUUGGAUGAUAGGUCUUUAAAUAAUUUCAAGAUUACUCGACACGGAUGAAACAUUAGAUAUUAAAAUUUUAAACAAAUAUUUGAUACAUCUCUAUUUAUCGAGGUGGAGUCAUUAAGUUUUAUUCAAUAGAUAAGAGAUCUCUCUUUAUAUUGGGAAACUGAUUAAUUUCGAUUGUAUAAUCAAACCGAUAAAUGCCUCAUCCCGUGACUUGGUGCAGUCAGAAUUUCGUGAAGCGUUGUGUAAUGCACCGGCAUUAGGCAGCCAGUUAGACGUACUUGCCAGAAAUUAUAAAUAACGGAAUUUCUUCAGCGGCGGAUUAUAGAGUAGGUCACGCGCGAUAUGAAGCGUCAUCGACGCUUGUGCGCUUCGGAUAGUCGGCACUGCUGAAAAAGCCUGCGGAAUGUCCACCUGCGGAAAGUCUAUGGAAAAUUGCAAAAAUGUUGGGCGAACGAAAUUCCAUAAAGGAAAGAGUUCCGGAUACCAAUGUACCUUAUAUUGAGAAAAAGAGAAAAAGGCGCACUUUAUCGGACUUUGCUACGAUGAACUUGACUUAUUUACAUAACAUCGCGUUUGGUCGAGAGGAAUCAAGUGGAGAUUGUGGCUUUAAAAAUUAAAAGAGCUUACUAAAUAAGUAUUUGCAUUAUUGACUUAUUUAGUUAAUUUAUUUAUCGGAAGCCCGUAAUUUAUGCAUUCAGUAUUCGCUGAAUAUCAAUUUAUUUCGAAAAUGUUUUUAGCAAUAUAUUAUAAUAUUUUAAAUGCGUUAUAAUAUUUUUGUCAAUAAUAUUAUAUUAUUCUGUACACGCUCGUAGAUUUCUAAAUUUGUCAUUUUUUUUCAUCAUUUUAAACAUUUCUUUAUCCAGAAAAUAGUAUAAAGUUGGAAACAGUUAAAACUAUUAUACAAUUUUACAGGGAUAUUUGUAAAUGUAAAAAUUGUCAUUUUAAAUGUCCAAUCUUUCAGCAAAGAUCAAAGCUCGAAAAUAAAAUAAUAUUAAUAAUUU